AAGAAACUCAGUGGAGCGACUUCACCAAGGCGCAAAGGCAUCCGGAGGGCCACUUCACCUGUGUGUGUAUGUGUGCGUGCCUGUGUGUGUUUGUGUGAUGACUUAACUGUGUGAAAUCCAGACUUGCAGAAGCAGUUCGGAUGCUCAGUGCGCUGCAGUGUGCUCUGCUGCAAAGCUGACACACAGUCAAAUCUGAAAUUUCAGACAGAGGAAAAAGGAAAAUCAGAAACAAGACUUUGAGGUUUCUCUGGUGAACUCUCCGCGCGUCUUCUUCUUCAGCAGGUUGGAUCCGACGCACCGACUUGUUGCCCCCAGCUGAGCUCUGAGGGGGCCCUCGGCUGUUGUGUUGCGUGUCCGACAUACAAGUCAGCGACAGGACUUAAAAGCCUGCUGUAAGGAUGAUGUCCUACAUAAAGCAACCUCAUUACACCAUGAACGGGUUAAAUUUGCCUGGCCCCGGGAUGGAUGUGCUACACACAACCGUCGCAUAUCCAUCCACUCCCCGGAAGCAGCGUAGGGAGCGCACCACCUUUACCCGGACACAGCUGGACAUCUUGGAGGCGUUGUUCUCUAAGACGCGCUACCCGGACAUCUUCAUGAGGGAGGAGGUGGCCCUCAAGAUCAACCUGCCUGAGUCACGUGUGCAGGUUUGGUUUAAAAACCGCCGUGCCAAGUGUCGUCAGCAGCAGCAGCAGAGCAGUGGCCAGUCCAAGCCCCGUCCUCCCAAAAAGAAGGCUUCUCCAGUGCAGGAACCCAACGUUCCUGAUCCCGUUUCUAACCCAUCUGGCUCCUACAGCCCCUCCUCUGCCCAGUCAGGCCCCAGCCUGGCUCCAAGCUCCAGCACUGGAAACACUGCUGUGUCCAUCUGGAGCCCGGCCAUCUCGCCCCUGCCCGACCCCCUGGCCUCCUCAGCCCCGUGCAUGCAGCGGCCCUCACCUUACCCCAUGAGCUACGGCCAGCCAUCGGCCUACUCCCAGGGCUACGCCAGCACCACCUCCUACUUCACCGGCCUGGACUGCAGUGCCUACCUCUCCCCCAUGCACUCGCAGCUGUCAGGCACCGUGGGCGCCCUCAGCCCCAUCACCGUGCCCUCGAUGGGGGGCUCCCUAAGCCAGUCACCGGCCUCGCUGUCCUCACAGGGCUACAGCACUGCCUCCUCCCUGGGCUUCACCUCUGUUGACUGCCUGGAUUACAAGGACCAGCAGGCCUGGAAACUGGGCUUCACCACAAUGGACUGCCUGGACCACAAGGACCAAAACUCCUGGAAGUUCCAGGUCCUCUAGAAUGCGCGAACGGGUGGCGUUCAUGUGCGCCAUGUGAGAUAGUGUGAAGCAGGUCAUCCGGAGGACUUGUUAUCUUUGAUAUUCAGUUAUUUGUUUGUAAGAUUUUGUUUCAUUUUCUAAAGGUGACCUCUGUAGAAAUGCAUUUUAUUUUGAACGACUUUGGAGGUGAAGAUGGAAUCUGUUGUCUUCUUCGUGCUACGUUAAAUAAGAGAAGAAAAGCCGUUUGUAGGAACAUGCUGGAGUCACGCGUGCAGCAACGCUCUGAGCCAUCUCUCCUUUUAACACGACGUCAUUUUUUGUUUUAAACUUGCAUUGUCAUAGAGCGAAAGGACCCGCAGCUUUGACAGGAAGGAGCUCUGAAGUCCUAUAGGUCACUUCCUCCUUCAGGGUUUAAUUAUUUUAAGCUAUUUAUUAUUAUUUCAUGCUACAUUUAAAUAUUUAAUUUGGUUGUUGUUUAGACGUUUUCGAGCAUUUUCUUUCUUGUGUUGCAUAUUCCAGUGUUAGCCCUUUAGUGUUAUCAUCCCAAUAUGUUUGAUGGAACAUUUUUAGAUCUUCUGUUUUAGUUGUGUGACAUAUUAAAGUGAUCUAUUCUUUACACCCUUUGUGCGCUGAUGAUCAUUGAGAAUCUGU